CAAGCAUGGCGGUGGAAGUGAAAGAAGUGAAAUGUGGCUUUACUUUACGAAAGUUAUAUGGACGAAAGAAAAAAAAACAGCACAGUGCAAGAACUGCAACCAUGAACCAUUUUCUUGUGGAGUUAAUGGUACAACCAAACCAUUAUGGCAACAUUUAGAGAGUGCUCACUGGGCAAAAUAUGUCUUGAAAAAUUUGCUGAUUUCGGCUAGCAUAUCCACUGAAGUUGAUAAUAUAAAACUUUGUAAUAUGUUCGCUCGUUGGAUUAUUUAUCGUCAACGGCCGUUUUCCCUAAUAGAAGAUCCUGAAUUAACCGAGAUU